GAAGAAGAAAAAGAAGAAAAAGCAAAUCUAUAUACGCGAAAGAAAAAAGAAAAAGGGGGUAUGCCGCAAUUCUCCACCGAUAUCUCAGACACACACAUAUAUGAUAUGAUAUGAUAUGAUAUGCGCCAGACAUCCAGAGGAGAGGGAAAAAGAAACGAUCUCGUGAAAAUGGCUUCAAUCAGAGAGAAAGAGAGAGAGAGAAAUAAUCCGAGUCCUGCCUUCUUGCUUUGUUUCCACUGUUUCUGUUCAUAUGAAAUGGGAGGUAUCCGGUGUCAUCAAGCGGCAGCGACUUCGGCUCCGGCGGCAGCGGCGGCCCCGAAGAGCUUCUCGCGCCAUUGGCCGCAGACCGCCUCGAAGCCGCUGACGACGUCGCCGCAGACCCGGCCGGCUUCCCGGUCGCGCAGUCGCCGGUCCCAGUCGCCGCGCUCGAUCCACCGCGUGCCCUCCUCCCGGCCCUCCUCCUCGCGACGGAUGUCUGCGACGAGUUCGCGCGCCGACCGAAGUCUCCGCGAGGCCGUCGACGUCAGCUGUCGCGACUCGUACAGGGUGUCGCUCAGACCGCGGAGCGACAGGGUGAUGUCGGACGUUUGCGAGAUCAGGGUCUGCAGGGAGAUGAGGGGAUCGAGGGCCGAGGACUGGGGAGUGGUGGGUCUGGACGAGUGACGUGGCUGGUCCGGGAAAGGAUACGGGAGGUUAGGCAGGAGUUCUUCGUCGAUGAGGGGGAUGAGCGCAUCUAUCGCGUCUGGUGAAAGGAGCGGGAAGGGCGAGAAAAGGAGAGGGUGG